AUGUCCAAAGCCUUCAUUGCAUCAUCGCUUCUGAUCCUCUCCACCUUUACCGACAUCACCUCGGCAUGUUUUGCAUCAGGUGUAUGUGGUGGAGGUUGUGCUCCACCUCCUCCUGCUCCAGUCUGUGGUGGAGGAUGCGGUGGAGGUUAUACUUGUGGUCACUACGGCUGUUACCGUGCCAGAGCACGUGCCGCUUCAGCUCGUACAUUGGCAGUGGACGGCCAUGAAAGAAAGCCAGCCAGCCCUGAUGAGAAAUUCAUGCAGUGCUGUAUUGAUAGAAAUCUCCCUGACUCAUGCCUGAACAAAUGCUCUUUCCGAACCUACACCAAGGCUGCCCUACAGGCCAUGUACUUCAAGCAGGAUUCCUGUCCCAUGCAAGCGGCCGCUGACAUUCAGUUCUGUGCUGCUCAGGGACGAGAUCACAGAGAAUGUUGUGCUAGAAAUGGUGUCACUACGACACUAGCUGGAUACAAGUGCAUGACCUUCUGCGACCAGCGUCCAGGAAAUGUCACUCAACUGGACUUCACCUAUUUGGCAUGCUACGAUCGUUUCGAGAACAUGAAGGCAUGUUUCUGGCACAAUAUCUCCCAGGAGAGUGCCACAGAAUCAGCAGCAGCAACGGCUGUCGAGGAGCAGCAACAGCCUGAGGAAUCGUUCUCGUUUGAUGAACGUCCACAAGCAUUCUCCGACAGUGUUGCGCCACGCCUGAAUCUCAGAUUAGGAGGAAGCUCUCGUACACUUCGCGCUAAAGUAUUCGACUGA